AUGAAUAAAUGUGGUAUGUUAUAUCAUAAAAUUCAUGACAGGGUUAUCAAUGGUGAAACCUUUAAAACCUGUCUUCAGGAGCUGAAAGCAAUAUGUAAUGUUAAUGGCAUUGAUACCCCUGUAUUUAUUCUGGAUAAUGCCAGAAUUCACCAUUAUUCAGGGCUAGCUGAAACAAUCUGCCAUUUAGGGUUAGAACUGGUUUCUUUACCCCCUUACUCCCCAUUCCUAAAUCCAAUUGAGAAUUGCUUUUCUGUUUGGAAAAAUUUCGUUGUAAGGGGUGCUGCAACAUCUGAACCAGAGCUCAAAAAUUUAAUUGAAUCAAGAUUUAAUGAGGUUUCAUCACAAAGUUCUGAUGCAUUUUACAUGAAGAUGCUUAGAUAUGUUAAUCGUUCAGCUGAAGGUGAGAUUAUUUUAGAAUAA